AAACCAAUGAAGAAUUUUGUAUUUAAGUUGAUAUCUACUUAAAAAAUGUAGUUUGUGAUUACAAUUAUCUAAAAUGCAAUCAAACCAUUUGAAUCCUAUACAAGUGCAUUAAACAUUCAGUAAUAGUUUUACUAGCAUAAUGAACGCAUAUAAUAUAAUAUUAUUUACAGUAUUAGCCACUUUGGGAUCAUUUUCUUGUUCCCAAAACCUGGAUUGUAUUGUCAGCCAGUUUUCUCAACUAAAGUCAGUAAUACGGUCGUGUAAAUAUAUCAUUGUUUCCAAUCUUACAGUACCAGCCAAAACAACUUUAGAACUUAAUCUGUUAUCAGGAACAAGUCUAGUUUUUGAAGGAAGAACAACGUUUGAAUACGCCGAAUGGCCAGGACCUCUUGUUAAAAUUCACGGAGAUAAUGUAACAAUUAAAGGAGCUCCUGAUUCGGUACUAGAUGGUCAAGGCGCCCUUUACUGGGAUGGUCAAGGAGGAAAUGGGGGCAAAAGAAAACCGAAAUUCAUUCGAAUUAUAGCUACUAAUUCUAAUUUCGAAAAAAUCAAUUUAAUCAAUUGUCCAGUACAUUGUGUAACAAUAUCUCAUAGCAACAAUAUAACGAUUCGACAUUGGAAUAUUGAUGUAUCAGAUGGAGAUAAGAAUAAUUUUACUGGCCACAACACCGACGGUUUUGAUGUCACCAGAGUCCAAAACGCAGUAAUAGACAACUGCACCGUCCAAAACCAGGAUGACUGCAUUGCUAUAAACAAAGGAUCAAAUAUACGUGUGUCAAAUAUGUACUGUUCAGGUGGACACGGUCUUAGCUUGUCUGUUGGCACCAGCAAUACUCAUUUCAAAGAAAACGUUGUUACUAACGUCACGUUUAUCGACAGUAUUGUUCAUAGAUCAGCCAAUGGUAUUCAUCUGAAAACCCAUGUUGAUAGUGGUCUAGGAUUGAUCAGUAAUAUCUUAUAUGACAACAUACAUCUGACGGACAUUACAAAUUUUGGUAUAAACGUACAACAAGACUAUUCCAAUGGAUCAUCAACAGGCGUACCAAAAGGCAACAUUCCUAUUGUUAAUUUCACUUUAAAUAACAUUAGUGGAAACAUGAAAAGCUUCAGGGAAUCCCCAACACUAGCGGUUAAAAUACUAUGCGGCCAGGAUGGAUGUUCGGAUUGGACUUGGAACGAUGUUGUUAUAACGGACGCACGAAAUGCAAGUUAUUGUAAUUACGAACCUGUUGGAUUUUCUUGUAAAUAAAUAUAAUACUGUCACGAACUCUCUGUUAGUGUAUAUUGUUUCUUUAAUAAAUGUAUUAGCCUAACUACGUAAAGACUACAAAACGAAAAAGUAUGUCAUUGUAAACGAAUAUAUUUCAUAUCCAUUCUAGGUAGUGAGGACACUACAAAAUCCACCAAUCACAGUUCAUAUUUUGGACACCGAACUACUAUUAUUUUUAUAAUUUUAACACACACAGCAAACACUGGCACAAUGAUACAUGCGAACAGUACUUGAAGUACCAGUAAAGCAUUUGUAUCAAACUAUACUGCCGGCAUCCCCGCGUCUUCGUGCAAUAUAGCUAUCAUAUCCACUCUUGUUGCACAAACUACUCUUCGACUACUAUUAUAAUAUAUUAUAAAAAACAAAUAAUAAGGGUAU